CAUUUGUUUACAUAACCUAAAAUUCAGAUUUCAAAAUAGCAAUGCAUUUAAAAUAUGAUAAAACAUGAAUUAUUAUCACAAGUAACUAUCUAGUAGUUUCCUAUGGAAUAUAGUUUGUCGAAAUUCCAAAAAAUGGAGAAGACCUCAGAAAAGGGCACCUAUAUAUGUAUCAACUGCGGAAACAAAGUUGAAAGUUUAUACAGAAAAUAUAGCCCUACAGUUCUGAAGUUGACUAAUUGUGAGAAAUGUCAUAGGGUUGCAGACAAAUAUGUAGAAUAUGAUGCUAUAAUAAUAAUUAUUGAUUUGAUUUUAUUGCAACAGAGAGCAUAUCGCCAUAUAUUAUUCAAUUCAAAUUACAAGAAUUUAUGGAAAUUAUCUGUCAUCGUACUACUAAUCGAUACUUAUAUUGACUGGUCUUCCUUUAACAAAUUUUUUGGAUUCAAAAAAUUACAAUAUGAGAACUACUAUGAUAACUUUGACUUUUAUAAAAUUGGAAUGAAAAAUAGUAUACGAACUCUACUGUUUGUAGUUACUGUGUAUUUGCAUACAAGUCUAUAUUGCAAAAUACUUCAAAGGAAGCAGGUUUCCUUAAUAGAAGUGUGGAAAAUGUUAUCAAUAUCCAGUUUUGGGACCUUUUUCUUUUUGCCUGUCCUUAUCUGGGAUAUAGGCGUUCACCAGGAAAUUCAUAAAUUUAUAAUUCUUGUUUAUAUUAUCCUGUCACAGUUAACAGCUUAUAUGGUGAUAGUAGAUGGUGCAAAAAUUUGGAGUAUCUGUACCAUUCUGAUGUCAUAUACAUUCAAAACAUUUAUAUUCAAUUAUUAUUAUGAUCAUACUUCUAUGACCAUGUUCAAUGAAAAUAUAUUGCCUCUCUCUUUGAAGGAGCUAAUGAAGUAAUUUUCUCAAUUAUUGAUAUUUUUCAACUAAUUUAUUCUGAUUCAUAAAAUGAAUAUAUUGGAAAUAAUUGAUAUAAUUAUUGUCUUUAUUGAGUUUUAUAUAGCAAGUUGAUUCACUUUUAUUGACUAUUUUUGUAUUAAAUAUAAUUUAUAUAUGAUUGUUAUUAGUGUUAUAGUGGAAAUGUUAAAAGACUUCAAUAGUUCUUUCUUUUUUAUUAAAAUAAAAACCACAACUGAACAAUAUUCAUUACAUAACUUCAAAUAAAUGUUUAACAUAUA